UAUCCGCCAUGUUACAACUACGAUAAAUCUUCAGUCAUAGUACUACUACAUGUAUCAGUACAAACGUACUGUGUACAAACAGGUACAGGUGGCGUCUGACGUGUGUCGCCUACGUAGAUGUGACGUCAUAUCACAGUGUCACAUCAUCCAGCAUGGCUCAAAUAGCAGUUAUAGGGGCGGGGGUUGUUGGCCUCUCCACGGCCGUUUGCGUCCAGGAGAGGAUCCCCGGGGCCGUGGUGACCAUCAUUGCUGAGAAGUUCUCCCCGAACACGACCAGCGACGUGGCGGCGGGGUACUUCGCUCCCAGCACCAAGUAUGGUGUCUCUGUGGAUAGAAUGAGGCAAUGGGCGCUGGAUUCUUUCAAGCAAUAUGACCUCAUCACACGUUCUGAAGAAUCCGCCGAUGCUGGUGUUAUCCUGUUGUCUGGAUAUUAUUUGUAUCAUAGCAAAGAAAAUAUCCCAGAAUAUAUGGGCGAAGACGUGCUUUAUCAGUGCAGAGAUUUAACGGCGAAAGAAAUGGGAAUGUUUCCAAACUAUAAAUUCGGUCGGAUGGUGACGAUAUUUGUGACGGAAUGUCGCCGUUACUUGCCUUGGAUGAUGACGCGGUUUAAGAAGAGUGGAGGUCACGUUGUUCAGCAAAAAGUUGCAUCCCUGGAAGAGCUCGCAGGCAAGUAUGAUGUGGUUAUGAAUUGCUGCGGUCUUGGUGCACGUGAUCUGGUCGCACAACAUGACGUCACACCAUGGAGAGGUCAGGUGGUACGUGUCAAGGCGCCGUGGGUGAAGCACAUGAUCAGUACUGAUGAUGGUGUCUAUAUCGUUCCUUGCGUGGACAGCGUGGUACUUGGUGGCGUGAAGGAGGUUGGUCACACUAACCUUAACGUGGACGAAGAGACCAAAAACAGAAUUAUCAAACGAUGUUUAGAGCUGAUGCCUUCUUUAAAGAACGCGGAAUUUCUAUAUGACGGGGUUGGUCUGCGCCCCCAUCGAGAACCUCUGAGAUUAGAGCUGGAGUGUGUUCGUUUCGGUGAAAAGGCACUGAAGGUGAUUCACAACUACGGCCACGGUCCUAUAGGAGUUUCAUUGAGCUGGGGAACAGCCGUGGAGGCAGUGAGACUGGCCCAGAAUGCACUGCGGUCUCAGCAAACCAGCAAACUAUGAGAGGCAUCAGCGUCAUUAAUGUUAAUUUUUUUAUGAAUACUUUUGUUGUAUUUAAUGGUAACCUAUCUGUUAUAAAGAAUUUACCUUUAAAUUUCCAGAGAUUAUUUUCAUUGUCAUCUAGAACAAUUCACGACAGUAAAGUACAACUGCAGGUACCGGUAUAUGCAUAAUAAUAAAUUCUAAAUGGAAUAAAAUUUGCCUCAAUAUAAAUAAUCUAAUAUUAAACUAAAUGCCAUUCAUUUGCUACUGCUGUUGAUGUACAUUUGAGAGCAGUAUCAUAUUAGUCACGAAAAAUGUCAACCACCGCUCAAUUUUUAAGGAUAAAAUGGUUCUGCCUCGACAUGUAUGGACUUUCUUGAACUUCGAUAAGGAGAAGGUAAUUAUUUCGGAUUACAUCUUAAUUUCCAUUCAGUGUACCAAUGUCGUUCAAAGACCAUAUGGAACAAUCCUGACUAAGCCAUAUAGUACCCGUACAUGAUUAUGUACCAGUAAGCUUGGAUCAGAUCCAACCUUCUCGGAGCGGCAAUGUUGGCCCGAGUUCGGACAAAUUCGUGAAAGACCCACCUCCGCUUGCAGUCAUUCAGUAAAAUGCCCGUUUACAAUCGUUUACACGUGUAUGACGCUUAG